AUGGCUUGUAACGGACACAAUGGACCGAUGAAAAUUCGCCUCACAGUUCUUUGUUCAAAGAACCUUACAAGAAAGGAUUUUUUUAGAUUACCUGAUCCGUUUGCUAAGAUUAGUGUUGAUGGCUCUGGUCAAUGCCAUUCCACAGAUACUUGCAAAAACACACUUGAUCCAAAAUGGAACCAGCAUUAUGAUUUAUAUAUUGGCCAAAAAGAUUCGGUAACAAUAAGUGUCUGGAACCAUAAGAAAAUCCACAAGAAGCAAGGUGCUGGCUUUUUAGGAUGUGUGCGAAUUAUGUCAAAUACAAUCCAGCAAUUGAAAGACACUGGCUUUCAACAGCUGGAACUGCAGAAAAGAAAUGCUGAUGACCCUGAACAGUUGCGAGGUCAAAUUAUCAUCAGUCUAAUAUCUCGUGACAAAGGCAACUCUUUAGCAACCAUCACUGAUACUCCCUCAAUUACAAAUGAUGCCAAUGAACUUCCUGAAGGCUGGGAGGAAAGGAGGACUGCAAAUGGUAGAAUCCACUAUGUGAACCAUAUUACCAGAACUACUCAAUGGGAACGCCCUACCAGACCUGCAUCAGAAAGCCCAUCCAAUCGUUUCUCAACUGCUGUGAUCCCUGAUGCCCUCCCUGUGGAAGACGACCUUCAUAAUGCUGUCGAACUGCCUGGAGGAUAUGAGCAACGAACUACGCAACAAGGCCAAGUCUACUUCUUGCAUACUCGCACAGGAGUCAGCACCUGGCAUGAUCCCAGGGUCCCCAGAGAUUUGACAAAUGUGUCUGAAGAUGAUCUUGGUCCUUUACCUCAAGGUUGGGAAAUCAGAUACACUGGGACAGGUCGAAUGUAUUUUGUCAAUCACAUCAACAGGACAACACAAUUCACUGACCCUCGACUUUCAGCUAAUAUUGGAUUAAUUCAACAAAAAAUGCAAAAUGCAGAUAAAGAGAAUAGUGUGCCUGUGCCUUUGCCAAAGUAUAAACGAGACCUUGUACAAAAAUUGAAAGAGUUAAGGCGACAAUUAAAUGACCUGCAGCCCCAGGCUGGUCACUGUCGACUGGAAGUAUCACGUGAGGAAAUAUUCGAGGAUUCUUAUCGGCAAGUCAUGAAGAUGAGAGCCAAAGAUCUGAGAAAACGGUUAAUGGUAAAGUUCCGUGGUGAAGAAGGUCUAGACUAUGGUGGAGUAGCAAGAGAAUGGUUAUAUCUUUUAUCACAUGAAAUGCUGAAUCCAUCCUAUGGACUAUUCCAGUACUCUCGUGAUGAUAUCUAUACCCUGCAAAUAAAUCCGGAUUCAGGUGUCAAUCCAGAGCACUUGUCUUACUUUCAUUUUGUGGGUAGAAUCAUUGGUAUGGCUAUCUUCCAUGGCCAUUAUAUUGAUGGUGGCUUUACCAUGCCAUUCUAUAAACAACUGUUGGGCAAACCAGUCACUUUAGAUGACUUAGAGAGUGUUGAUCCUGAAUUACACAGAAGUUUGGUCUGGAUAUUAGAAAACAAUAUUGACAGUGUCCUGAAUCAACCAUUCUGUGUUCAGCAUAACUCUUUUGGCAAAAUGCAAGAAUAUGAGUUAAAGCCAGGAGGUAAAGACAUAGAAGUUACUGAGGAAAGUAAACGAGAAUAUGUCAGGCUGUAUGUGAACUGGAGGUUUAUGCAAGGAAUUGAAGCUCAGUUCUUAGCUUUGCAAAAAGGCUUCCAUGAAUUAAUACCACAGUCCUUACUGAAAAUGUUUGAUGAACGAGAAUUGGAGCUUGUGAUUGGUGGUCUAGGCAAGAUUGAUGUGGAGGAUUGGAAAAUGCAUACCAGAUUGAAACACUGCACAUCAGACUCUAAUAUUGUGAAAUGGUUCUGGCGAGCUGUGGAGAGUUUUGAUGAUGAAACAAGAGCACGAUGUCUUCAGUUUGUCACUGGAAGCUCAAGGGUUCCACUUCAAGGCUUCAAAGCUCUGCAAGGUUCCACGGGUGCUGCUGGGCCAAGACUGUUCACUAUCCAUCAGGUUGAUACCAGCACAGAUAACUUACCAAAAGCACACACAUGUUUUAACAGAAUAGAUAUACCACCUUAUGAAGAUUAUGAAAAAUUCUUAAGCAAAUUAACUUGUGCUGUGGAAGAGACCUGUGGUGCAGUUUGUGAUUGGGGCUGGGUUGCAAUGUCCUCCUCUUUGUGGGUUAAUGAAGGAGAGAACACUCCCUGGGAAGACAGUGUGGCUCUCAUUUAUGGCUGCACUUUCCUCUCUCUCUCUCUCUCUCUCCUUUUCUUUGGAUAUUUAACUUUCUUUUCUUAUUCAGCAGGAAUUCAUCCCAAAGAUUUUUCACUGCUGUUGCAAAAAGAAGGAUUUUCAUCCUGA